AUGGUAGGAACAGGUGGUGCGGUGAGGGCGGUAGCGAGGUUGCUUUGCCGGAGGAAUGGCGGGAACAUUAUUCUAAAAUCGUUUGGGACAAGAGAAAAGAAGGGAAAGGUAUUUUUUAAGCUAAGACUAGGAUCAGUGGGAACAGUUGCUGCAGAGAAGGUUGCAGUGAUAGAAUUGUUAGUCCCAUCUGUCUUCAGAGCUGUUAUAUCCUUUCAUCAUGCUGGUUCCAUGGAUCCAGAUGCUGUAGCUUUCUUUUCUCCAGAUGAGAGCGGAAGCUACGUGCAUGCAAGGGGUUUUUCUGUUCAUCAUGUGUUUAAACAUAUCACGGAGUAUGCAGCGACAGCUCUGCAGUAUUUUCUUGGGAACCAAACUGAAACGUGUCUGUAUUCUCUUUUGCACUGGAUUUGCAGCUACGAGACUCUGUUUUCAAAAUCAUGCAGCAAAUGUUCACGGCUACUUGCCAUGGAUAAACAAUCAACUUUACUGUUACCUCCAGUUCAUCGUCCUUAUUGGCAGUUUUCCUUUUCAAAAAUUUUGUUAAACAUAUCCUCAAAGGACCAGAAUUCUGAUUCUACUCAGGCCUAUCAUAUUGGCUGUUUCUCUGAGGAAGUAUAGUUGCAUCGACCAACAAUUCAGGCGAGCCAAGUGCCCAAUUUUAUGCGGAACUCUACCUGGAGCAAGAAUUUCCAUUUCAUUGCUGUAUGUAUAUUACCUUUUAUAUGUAUAGGUUGGAAGGCAGGGGUAGGUUAAGUGAUUUGCUUAUCAUUGGUCUAUAUUUUCAUCUCUUAAAUUGGAUCUUCAGGGAAUUGAUUAGUGGUUCUGUUGUGUAAGCUUCGUGUUCAUUGAUAGAUUUUUUUUGGAUACCAGAAACAGGAAGUUUUCCUCACUGAUCAUUGCUAGAUUUUCAUCUCUUAAAGGGAUUUAUUUAGAUGCGGAACUCAGCAUGUG